AUGUAUACACACUCACAUAGUAUAGACAAUCGUCCUCCAAUUCCUGGUACAAGCAGUGAGAUAUACACAUUCAUCGACGAAGAAAUCGUUCCAUCAACACCACCAAAAUUACACCCAUAUCUCCUCGUCAACAUCGGCUCAGGCGUGUCAUUCUUCCAAGUAACUGAAACCGAAACAAAACGCAUCUCCGGCUCUUCCUUCGGCGGCUCAGCACUCUGCGGUCUUUUAACUCUGCUCACCAGGGCACGAACCUACGAGGAUAUGCUUUCCCAGGCAGAGAAAGGAAACAAUGCAAAUGUGGAUAAACUCAUCGGCGACAUUUACGGCAUGGACUACAAUAGAAUCGGAAUGAAAAUGACCGCAGUCGCAUCUACCUUUUGCAAAGCUUUUAGCCUAGAGCACCGAGCUGCGCCCGAGGGUGAGAAUGGUGCCGAUUCGAAAACCUUUUCUGAUGCGGAUAUUUGUCACUCGCUCGUAUUCGCCGUGUUCAAUAAUAUUGGACAGCUUGCUACGCUGCAUUCUCGAAUCCAUGGAAAUCCGGAUAUUUACUUCACGGGACCGUACGUGCAGAAUUGUCAGUUGCUGGUCAGGACGCUUUGUAUUGCUGUGCGGUAUUAUUCUCAGGGGGAGAAGAAGGCUCAUGUCGUGGUGGACGGGAACACGGUGUGA